CAGGUACCAUGAAGCUGGAAUUGGCUCAGUAUCGUGAAGUAGCUGCCUUUGCUCAGUUUGGGUCUGAUCUGGAUGCUGCCACACAACAGCUGUUGAACCGUGGUGUACGUCUGACAGAGCUUCUCAAACAAGGACAAUAUGUUCCCAUGGCUAUUGAGGAGCAGGUUGCAGUCAUCUAUGCUGGUGUAAGAGGUCACUUGGACAAGCUGGAGCCCAGCAAAAUCACUAAAUUUGAGAGUGCUUUCCUAGCUCACGUGCUGAGCCAGCACCAGGCCCUCCUCUCCACGAUCAGGACCGAAGGAAAGAUCUCUGACCAGACGGAAGCUAAGUUGAAGGAAAUAGUCACAAAUUUCCUGGCUACUUUCGAGGCGUAAACUCCUACCUGUUCAAACAGACCAGGCUGUCGUGAUCCCGUGCUCCAGCUCCAUCAAAGACUUCACAGUAUGUGCGACUUGAAUGUACAGAUCUCAGUGAGAAUAAAAGUUUCCAUGUAAAAAGGCUUG